GUGGGCUCGCAGUUAGUUACAGUUGCGUUGCAGUUUGCAGACUUUUCUGGUCUAGUAUUCGUGCAGACGUCAUUAAUUGCACGAGACCACGUGGUGUUUUGGUGGUAUUUUGACGGCCUAUAGUGUCAAUCUCAAAAUGAAUGAUCAAGAACUCAACAUGAAGCUCGUUGGAGAAGUGGAGAAGCGUGAAGUCCUGUACAACUACAAACUGCCAGGAUAUUCAAGGAAAGAUCUGACGGAGAAAGCAUGGAAAGAGGUGUCAGUUGAAUUGGGUUUGCCAGCAAGAGAUUGCAAAGAAAAGUGGAGAAAUCUACGGACAGUAUUCAUUAGAAAAAUGAAGCCUUCGCCUUGUGGUUCAGGAGGGAGGAAAAAGGCUUACUAUUUGGAAGAUGCAAUGCGGUUUUGUCUGCCAUUCAUAAAAGUGGUUUCUCCCUCAUCAGGAAAUUUGCCUACACCCUGCAUAACACAGCAGUCAACUGGUGAUAAUGAAGGUUCUGAAACCCAAGUUGAAGAAUAUGAAUAUGAUGAUGAAUCCACAAAUGCACCGCAGAAUUUUCUAUCAAUGUCUCCUUCAAAUUUAUAUGAUGCACCUCAACAAACUGAAAACCCCCCUGCAAGUUUGUCAUCAAAGAGUACUUCCCAAAUCCAGAAGAAAAAGAACAAAAGGUCUGCAGCUCUAGCUGAUCAAUUAGUUGCUGCCUACUUUACAGCCAAAAAGGCUAAAUUGCUGUCAAACGCCAAUGCAGACACUAUCAAUCAGAAGAUUGAUAGACAGCAGGGGAUUAAGAUGUUCCUGCUCAGCUUGCUACCUGAAUUGGAUGAAUUGAGUGAUUCACAAAUAAAACUAUUUAAACGUCAAGUUUUAAGGGUCAUUGAUGACAUUUCAGCCUUGGACCACCAUCAGCAGCCACGGUCGUCAUGA